AACCGGUAUAUAGGCUAUGCAGUUGACCUCAAUAAUGCACCGUUAGGUUACGAUAAAGUGCUUAUCAGUAUUAGAAUUGCAAUAAGGCGGUGGUUCGAAGGAAAUCAGGAUUCGUCAUAUAGACGCGCAUGAGAACACUCGAAAACCGGCCUGAAAUGACGUAGCCAGUGGAUCCCAGACUAGCCAGACUUGUACGCGUUAAAUCAGUGUUGCUUUAUUGUUGGCGAUCUCCAAAGUAAUCGUCUAUAGUGAUUCACCGAUCACUAUCAAUCCGCGGAACCACUAAUCGUGGCAUACACCUAACAGAAGUGCCAGAGUGUCAAUUGGUACAAAGGUGUUGGCUAACGAUGGUUGUUAAAAUCUACAUAUCGGGUAUCAGCGGGAACAAGGAAGUAAAAAAGAGGCAACAACGUGUUUUAAUGAUAUUAGACAGUAAAAAUGUGGAAUACGAAACUAUUGACAUAACUGAACCAGGAAAAGAGAUGGAGAAAGAAUUUAUGCAAUCUAAUAGUAUUGCAAGAGAAAGUAAAUAUCCAUUACCUCCACAAAUAUUUAAUGAAGAUGAAUAUUGUGGGGAUUAUGAAGAUUUUGAUUUGGCAAAUGAAAUAGAUGAAUUGGAACAAUUUUUGAAAGUGGCACCUCCUGCUAGUGCAACAGAAACUGCUCUUGAUUCAAAUCAGAGUAAGGACAUUCAAGAAAAUGGAAAUACUACAAGUCGAGAGCCUUCCAUAGAUAAAGAUGUGGCAACAGCACAGGCAGAAAGUACAGAGGAGAGGACAACUUUGCCAGAUGAAAAUAUAGAGUCAGAUGAAUCUAGACCUACAGAUCAUGAUGGUGGAACAAAAACAGAGGAUGCAGAGGAUAUGAAAGAGAGUGUUGAAAAAAAUGAAGAAAAAUCUGGGGAUCAAGAGAAGGAAGAGUAGGUGUUAAAUAAGCCCAUAUGAUAGUGGGACAUUCAUAUUUUUUUGACAUACUUGGUUUUUUUACCAGUAAGGGUAUUUUAUAAAAGUUAUAUUUAUCACACUUCUAAGGCUGAGUGAAGGUACUGCCAAGGUAAAUUUCUGCUUAGCAGAAAACAUAUUAAACAAACAGUAUAUUCGAAGUAUAAGUGAUACUUUUAUAGAAAUAUUUUAUAUUGCGAUCAAGCUUGUUUUCACCAUCAGAUUUUCAAUCGAUCUGAUUAGAAAAUAUGAAUUAAUUUCAUCAUUUUUCGUACCAGUAGUUAAUAUAAAUUUUUUAAAAUUCUUUAUACCAAUAUUUUUGAUCGUUUAUGCCGUAUUUUAUCUUUUAUUUUUAAUCACGAUUUUAAUAAUGCUGUAAGAAUAAUAAAUUUUCAGUAUUGAGGAUAUUUUUCUGUUACUCACUAAAAAGAUAACAAUGAAAUUAUUUAAUUUGUUUUCAUUUCAGAUAUCUUAUUAGGUAUUCAUUUCAUAAUUGUUUUUAAGCGUUCACUGAACGCCUCUGUAGAUUCACCAAUGGUCUAAGUUAUAAACUAUACUUCUCAGUGGUAGUGAGAAGUAACUUCCAUAAAUGCUCCAGAUUUUAUCAUUUUCAUUAUCCGAUUGUAUGCGAAAUUUUAACAGAAUGUAGAUUUUUAUUACGUAGUACUAGUAAGUUCGGACAGUACAACACUCAGUUUUGCAUAAGAUUACAAAAGACGACACAAAAUUAGUUACGAUAAAUUUUACAAAUACCGUGCGCACUAAUACUUCAUUAUUAUCAAGGUCAUCCUGAAGUAAUUCUUGAUAGUAUUUCCAUGAAAGUUAGAAUUAAUUUAGGAAAUUUUUUAGUUUCCCAUAAUCUAUCUGAUAAAAUUUAAGUUGUUAUAUUUGUAAUAAUCUAAUUCGUACAGAUACUUUUUUUAGUGAUAGAAAACAUGAAAAUCUUGAACCCAUUUAAUCAAAGGCCUACUUACGAUUAUUUUUACGAAAAUUAAUAUUGAUAAAAUAUAUUUAGCCAUACUAUAGUAUUCAUUUACACGGCUUGUAAUAAAUUUAUACUCUACUUACUUGCUGAUUAGAUAAUAGGCAGGUACGCAUUACGAAUAAAUCAAAAGCUUUAUGUGAGUUAUGAACCAUUUGUUAUAAGGCAAAAAAGCAUAAAAAUAAAGUUUAUGCGCGAGAUAAUAAGCCUGACUAAUUUUAAUAUAACAUACUGCAGCUUUUAAAUAUCAGAUAUUCGCUGUUAUAAUUAAGCUAGCAGCAAAAAAACAGAAACAGCAAAAAGCUUUACUACUUUCAAAUUGAGAUGUCCACCUCGUUAUUAUUACAGAAUUAUAUAUUCAUAAGCAAUAGGUGUUGGACAUGAGACUUAGAAUUAAUAAAUUUUAACAUUACAUAUUGGAAAUACAUAAUUUAUAUUUAUGAGAACAAUUAUUCGCUAUACACGAUGUAUAUGAGUCAUAUCGAUCAUUGUUAUACAUAUAUAUGAAUCUACUAAUAAAUAUCAUUACAGAAAUUCAA